AGCCCCGCGCACGGCAGCCAGGCAGGGAGGGCAAGAGCCGGGCAGGGAGCAGGGAGCAGACACACGGCACAGCCGAGCAGCCGCCGCGGCGCCACAGCACUAUGAAUGUGGGCUUCUGGGCGUCUCUGCUGCUCUUUUCCCAAACUUGUGGCGGGGCGGAGGCGCAGUUCUCCACCGGAGGCUGUACGUUUGAUGAUGGCCUGGAGGCAUGUGAAUAUCGACAGGAUUGGGAGGAUGACUUUGACUGGAAACAUGUCAGUGCUGACAAAAUGCCGCAUCUGCAACACAGCCUGCCGCAAGGAUCCUACUUGAUGGUCGAUUCUUCUAAGCAGAUGCCAGGAGAAAGAGCUCGACUCCUGCUUCCAGUGAUGAAAGAAAAUGAUACUCACUGCAUAGAUUUCAACUAUUUGCUAUACAGCAGAGAUUACUUGAGCCCAGGAACGCUAAAUAUUUUUGUCCGAGUGAACAAGGGAGCCCUUGCAAAUCCUAUUUGGAAUGUGACCGGCACUCAAGGGAAUGAUUGGCUUCGGGCUGAACUGGCAGUUAGCACCUUCUGGCCGAAUGAGUAUCAGGUAAUAUUUGAAGCAGAUGUCUCCCGUGAGCAAAGUGGAUACAUUGCCAUUGAUGACAUCCAGGUGUUGAGCUACCCAUGUGACAAAUCUCCUCACUUCUUGCGACUUGGAGAUGUGGAAGUAAACGCUGGACAAAAUGCUACAUUCCAGUGUAUUGCUACAGGCAGAGAAGCAGUGAAUAACAAUCUGUGGCUGCAGAGGCGAAAUGGUGAAGACAUACCAGUUGCUCUGACAAAGAAUAUAAACCACAGGCGGUUUGCAGCGACAUUCAAACUGAAGGAAGUCGCCAAGAAUGAUCAAGACUUGUACCGCUGCGUGACCCAGUCUGAAAGAGGCUCUGGAGUAUCAAAUUUUGCAGAGCUUAUUGUUCGAGAGCCGCCCAUGCCAAUUGCACCACCCCAGCUGCUUGGUGUUGGUCCUACGUAUUUGCUCAUCCAGCUGAAUGCAAAUUCGAUCAUCGGCGAUGGUCCUAUUAUCCUGAAAGAAGUGGAAUAUCGAAUGACGAGUGGAACCUGGACAGAAAUCCAUGCUGUAAAUGCACCAACCUACAAGCUAUGGCAUUUGGACCCAGAUACGGAGUAUGAUAUCAGAGUGUUGCUGACUAGGCCUGGUGAAGGAGGGACGGGUUUAGCUGGGCCCCCGCUCAUUACGAGAACCAAAUGUGCAGAGCCAAUGAGGUCACCCAAAAGCCUAAAGAUUGCAGAGAUCUAUGCCAGGCACCUCGCAGUUGAGCUGGAGUCCUUGGGCUACAAUAUAACUCGCUGUCACACCUACAAUGUCACUGUGUGCUUCCACUACUACUUUGGUCACAACGAGAGCAAAGCUGAUUGUGUGGAAAUGGAUCAGAAAUUACCUCAGCAUAUUAUUGACCAUCUGCCCCCUUACACAAACAUCAGCAUCAAAAUGAUUCUGACUAAUCCAGAAGGAAGGAAGGAGAGUGAAGAAGUUGUCGUCCAGACAGACGAAGAUGUGCCUGGUUCAGUACCUGGAGAAUCUUUGAAGGGAACACCAUUCGAGGACAAGAUUUUCUUGCACUGGAAGGAACCUGUGGAAGCGAAUGGUAUCAUUACACAAUAUGAGGUCAGCUAUAGCAGCGUCAAAUCCUUUGAUCCCGCUGUGCAAGUGGCAGGACCUCUUCAAACUGUGUCAAAGUUGUGGAACAGCACACAUCAUGUUUUCACCCAUCUAGAUCCAGGAACCACCUACCAGUUCUUUAUUAAAGCCAGUACAGUGAAGGGAUUUGGACCAGCUGCAGUGAUUAAUGUUACAACAAACAUAUCUGCACCAACCCUGCCCGACUAUGAAGAUGCAACUCUGAAUGAAACAGCAACAACAAUCACUGUGCUGCUGAGACCAGCACAGGCUAAAGGUGCUCCAAUCAGUGUCUACCAAAUUGUGGUUGAAGAGGUGAAUUCACGCAGAUCAAGAAGGGAGGCCGGUUCAGCAGACUGUUUCCAGGUUCCAGUCACCUAUCAAGCCACUGCAGCGAGAGGGUCACCGUAUUAUUAUGCUGCAGAGCUUCCUCCCAGCGGAAUCUUUGAACCAACUCCCUUCACAGUCGGCGACAAUAAAACGUAUAAUGGGUUUUGGAAUCCUCCCCUGGCCCCCAGAAAAGGAUAUCACAUACACUUCCAGGCUGUGAGCAGCGUUGAAAAGGAGACGAAGACACAGUGUGUAAGGAUUGCAACAAAAGCAGCCACAACGGAAGAACCUGAAGUGAUUCCUGAUCCUGGGAAGCAAACUGAUCGAGUGGUGAAAAUAGCUGGAAUCAGUGCUGGAAUCCUGGUUUUUAUCCUCCUCCUCCUGGUUGUGGUAAUGAUCGUCAAGAGAAGGAGGAGCUACUAUUCUUAUUCUUAUUACCUUAAACUUGCCAAGAAACGUAAGGAUGCAGUGGGGAAUGCUCGGCAAGAGAUGACGCACAUGGUGAAUGCAAUGGACAGGAGUUAUGCUGAUCAAAGCACACUUCAUGCUGAUGAACCACUUUCCAUCACCUUUAUGGACUCUCACAACUUCAACCCCAGAUUGCCUAAUGAUCCGCUUGUUCCGACUGCUGUGUUAGUGCCUAUUGCUGAUGAAAACCAUACCGUGGUAGCAGAGUCCAGCCGACUUUUGGAUGUUCCCCGAUAUCACUGUGACCCCACAGAGUCUCCGUAUCAAACCGGUCAACUGCAUCCUGCUAUCCGUGUCGCAGACCUGCUGCAGCACAUUAACUUGAUGAAGACAUCAGAAGGUUAUGGUUUUAAAGAGGAAUAUGAGAGCUUCUUUGAAGGUCAGUCUGCAUCGUGGGACAUUGCUAAGCAAGAUCAGAACAGAACCAAAAAUCGCUAUGGAAAUAUCAUAGCUUAUGACCAUUCCAGAGUUAUUUUGCAGCCACUAGAAGAUGAUCCAACAUCUGAUUACAUAAAUGCAAAUUAUAUUGAUAUAUGGCUGUACAGGGAUGGCUAUCACAGACCAAGCCAUUACAUAGCUACACAAGGGCCCGUGCACGAAACUGUAUAUGAUUUCUGGAGAAUGGCUUGGCAGGAACAAUCUGCAUGUAUCGUCAUGGUCACAAACCUGGUGGAAGUUGGAAGAGUCAAAUGCUACAAGUACUGGCCGGAUGAUACUGAACUUUAUGGAGAUUUCAAAGUGACAUUUGUGGAAGUGGAGCCACUUGCAGAAUAUGUAGUUCGAACGUUUACAUUAGAAAGGCGAGGUUUUGAGGAAAUUCGUGAAGUUAAACAGUUUCACUUCACUGGCUGGCCUGACCAUGGUGUUCCUUACCAUGCAACUGGCCUCCUGGCAUUUAUUCGUCGUGUGAAAAUGUCAAACCCUCCUGGAGCAGGGCCAGUUGUUGUGCACUGCAGUGCCGGGGCGGGAAGAACAGGUUGCUACAUAGUUAUAGAUAUUAUGUUGGACAUGGCAGAACGGGAAGGAGUUGUUGACAUCUAUAACUGUGUGAAAGCGUUACGCUCCAGAAGGAUCAAUAUGGUUCAGACAGAGGAACAGUACAUUUUUAUUCACGACGCUAUACUAGAAGCUUGUUUGUGCGGGGAGACAUCGAUACCCAUGUGUGAGUUCAAGCCUACAUAUUAUGAAAUGCUGAGAGUGGAUUCACAGAGCAACUCUUCACAGUUCAAGGAUGAAUUUCAUACAUUAAAUUCUGUAUCUUCUCAACUACAACCUGAAGACUGCAGUAUCGCUCUCCUUCCCAGGAACCAUGAGAAGAACCGAUACAUGGAGGCACUGCCACCUGACCGAUGUCUGCCGUUCUUAAUUACCAUCGAUGGUGAAAGCAGCAAUUACAUCAACGCUGCUCUUAUGGAUAGCUACAGACAACCGGCUGCCUUCAUAGUCACUCAACAUCCUUUGCCAAAUACAGUGAAAGACUUCUGGAGGCUGGUUUAUGAUUAUGGCUGCACUUCCAUAGUAAUGCUGAAUGAGCUGGACCUUGUACAGGGAUGUCCACAGUAUUGGCCAGAAGAGGGGACACUCCGUUACGGGCCGACCCAAGUGGAAUGCAUUUCAUGUUCAAUGGAUUGUGAUGUGAUCAGUCGGAUUUUCAGGAUAUGCAACCUCACAAGGCCACAAGAAGGUUAUCUCAUGGUACAGCAGUUCCAAUAUCUAGGAUGGGCUAGUCACAGAGAAGUACCUGCCUCGAAGCGAUCAUUUCUGAAGUUAAUUCUUCAAGUUGAUAAAUGGCAAGAAGAGUGUGAUGAAGGAGAAGGGCGCACUAUAAUCCAUUGUCUAAAUGGAGGAGGUCGCAGUGGAAUGUUCUGUGCCAUUAACAUAAUCUGUGAGAUGAUCAAAAGACAAAACAUAGUUGAUGUUUUCCAUGGAGUAAAGACACUUCGGAACAACAAGCCAAACAUGGUGGAAACCCUGGAGCAGUAUCGAUUCUGUUAUGAUGUGGCCUCGGAAUAUCUUGAAUCGUCAUAGUUUGGAAGGGGUGUGCUGAUCACGUGGCAACUUUUACAUCUGUGCGAAGUUGUGCUAGUUUUCCAGAGGAAUCGUCAUCAAUGAGCCUGUGCAUGAAGACGUUCUAAUGAGGGAAUUGGUUUAACUUAUUUAAGUAUUUUUCUUUUGUUAUAAAACUAUAUUGAGUCCGAUGACGAUGUAUUUGUCUAUGUCCAAACUAUCGGGCAGUGUUCGGUGCCAUUGUUUAUGAUGCGGUCUAGCUAUGGAUCGCCUAUGCCCAGUGAUGAUUAAAAGCGUUUCAGUGUUAACAUUUUUUUAAAAAUUACAACCAAGCUGUUACAGUUUGCAUGCACAAAUUUUCUACACUGAUGCUAUAUUUUGUUGCGAACUGAUCCUAUUUGAAAGCAGAAAUGUGUGCAGGGAUGUAAAAUACCAUUUGCAUACUGCUACAGUAAGUGCUGCAAUAUUUGGACUGGCUUAUUAAAGUUUAAUGUGCAAUCACGGCUGGAUCACACCAAGUAAUUUGUAGUACAACUUUUACUAUAAGCCAAAGACGAGUGUAAAUAUGUCUAUAACGAAGAAAGCACAUUGUAUUUAUUGUUUGCUUGCAUUCCUAUUUGAAAGCUGAACAAUCAUUUUUUUCAAAGAGUAGCUAACUUUUGGCAGAAUUUCUUAUGUUCAAAUGUUUUUAUGUAGUUCACUUUUGUAUGUAGUAGCCAGGUAGAUCAGCCAUUAUUUUUAAUUAAUGCUUAGAAACGUUUACAUUGUUUUAGUGUUUCCAUAGUCAAAUUGUUAAUUGUGCUCAUUCAGAUAAUGGAAAGAUGAUAUAUUUUGGAAGCCUAUAAAUUAGGACCAAAUGCAAAAGCUUUUUUUUACCUCUUACACAGUUCAUUUGCUUUUUUCACACACAUUAGUAAACUGAUUUGAACACAGUUAAGAGUGACUGUUGUAUACUGUACCCAUUUAACAGCCAACAGUGAGGAUGAUUUAUAACUGCGAAUAGUUCAAACAGUAUUAGAGGUAGUUUCCCAAGAGAAAUGCCAUCUUCAAGGAACAAAUCUUUCCUGAGCUUGUCCAGCAGCUAUCCAGCAAGGUCAAAGCAACAAUGUUUCAGUUUAGGAUGACAUGACAACUGUAAUGAUUAGUAAUGUGUGAUGUAAUUUUUGAGUCAUUUAAAUGUUGUAAAAGAUCAAGAUGGCUUUGGAAUGCGGCAAAGCAAGCAAUUAAAUAAAGGUGUUAUGUGAUUA